AUGCUACGGAAGUCUGGAAAGCAGUGCAAGAAAGACAAGACAGAGCAGCAGAAGGGGUCCCCCAUGGAAAACGGUGUGGCCCAGGAGAUUGGAGGCUCUCAGCCCCCUGCAGAACGGGGAAGAGGUGCUCCCAGCCGGAACAGCGCAGCUCGAGGACCACCCCCGCCCCCACCCCGGGUCCGGCCUCGGCUCAUCUUCCACACUCAGCUGGCCCACGGGAGCUCCACUGCCAAGAUUGAGGGGUUCACCAAUGUUAAAGAGCUCUAUGCCAAAAUUGCAGAGGUCUUCGACAUCUCCUCAACAGAGAUCCUGUUCUGCACUUUGAACACCCACAAGGUAGAUAUGCAGAAGCUGCUAGGCGGCCAGAUUGGUUUGGAGGAUUUCAUUUUCGCUCAUGUCCGCGGUGAUACCAAGGAGGUGGAAGUCACCAAAACAGAGGAUGCUCUGGGACUUACUAUCACAGAUAAUGGAGCUGGCUAUGCUUUCAUCAAGCGUAUUAAGGAAGGUAGCAUAAUGAACCGCAUUCCAACGGUCUCUGUUGGGGACAGCAUUGAAGCCAUUAAUGACCAAACCAUUGUUGGAUGCCGCCACUACGAAGUUGCCAAGAUGUUGCGCGAGAUGCCCCAGGCACAGCCAUUUACUUUGCGCUUGGUGCAGCCUAAACGAGCUUUUGAUAUGAUCAGCCAGAGGACACGAAGCAGCAAGAGCUCAAGUGAGGGGAAAUUAGGCAGCGGAAGGGAGACACUACGCCUGCGUGCAACGGGCACUGCCACCAUAGAGCAGGCACCAAGUGAGUUUGAGGAGGAAGCUGCUGAAAAAAUGGAUGACUUAUUGGAAAGCUACAUGGGUAUUCGUGAUCUCGAAUUGGCAUCGAGCAUGGUGGAGAUCACCAAAGAAUGCCAGAGCCCUGAAGACUUUGCUCGUGGACUGGAUUUGCUCCUGGGUGAAUUUACCUUCCCAGAAGAGUUUGUCUCAGAGGUGUGGACUGCAGUUUGCAAGAGCAGGGAAAUCUCUGAGUAG